GUCCCAGACAGCCCCAGGGGCAGCAGCGCGCCCCCCAGCGCGCGCAAACCCAGCCGUCACCAGGGACCCCGGGAGGGCGCCGCUGAUGCUGCGCCGGUCGCGUCUGGGGCGUUUCACGAGUCCCCCGGCCUGGCGUCGGCGGCCGCUGCAGCCGGCGGGCCGGCCGCGAGCGGCGCGCCCGGGCUGGGAGCCGGCCCGCCGACGAGCACGGCUGCGGCCGGGGCUGCCGGGCCCGUACGUGCGUCUCAGGCGGGCGCCUCGUCACCCGCAGGGCGGCCGCUGUCGGCCUCCCAGCCGCAGCCCUCGCAACGCGAUGCAGAUGCGAGCACUAUCUUCAGCGGCAGCAGGAGUGCCAGGAGCGGCGGUGCACUGCGCAGCAGCGGCAGCCGCGGCCAGGAGGACCCGGCGAGGCGACGGAGCGGUCCCGCUGACGGGCGCCGGCGCGGGCGCGAGCGCAGCCGGCGGCGCAGCAUAAGCAGCAGCAGAAGCAGGAGCAGGAGCGGGAGGGAGAGCAGGAGCAGGAGCAGGAGCCUUAGCAUUAGCAGGCAUCGCGACAGGAGCCGCAGCAGGGGCAGGGGCGGGCGUUCAGAGCGCCGUGGCCGCCCGGGCCGCAGCCGCAGCCAGACUCCGGGCCACAUCCCAGGCUUUGGCCGCCAUUGGGCCGGCCAGCAGCCCGUGACGCACACCAGCAGCGGGCGCCGGCGUCCCCACAGCGGCAAAAGCAGGAGCAGCAGCAGGGGGCGCCGCUGGAGCCACCGGGGUCAGGACACAAGCCGCAGCCGCAGCCGCAGCCGCAGCUGUGCGCGGCCCGCUGGCAGCAGCGGUGGUAGGCACGCGCGAGUCGCGCGCCGCACUGGCCGCCGCUGCAGCCUCAGCCGUAGCCGCAGCUGUGGCCGCAGCCGCAGCCGCAGUCCGGCUCGGCGCGCCUCGCACGGCGACAGCCGCCGUGGCGGCGGCAGCCGGUGGUUUGACGGCCAGGCUGCAGCCAAGGCGCCGGCUGCCAGCGCGUCAAGCUAUGGGGCAGGACCGGGGCCGGGCGCAGCUGCAGGGAGCAGCUCGCAACAGCACGGUGUCGUCGCAGGGGCCGGCGCAGUCAAUGCCGCGGUCGUGCCAGCAACCCCUGCCGCCCAAGUCGCGCUGGUGGUGCCGAGGCCGCUGCCGGCGCCGCAUUUUGCCGGUGCUUCGAAGCCGGGCGAGCUAGCGGCCUCCCUCAACCCCGCAGCGGGCGCGCCACGGCCUGGCAAUUCUGGCCCGUCAGCGGCGCCAGCGGCUCUUGGCGAGAGCGACCUGUCGCAUUCUGCCAAGCCGCGCAGCCCCUGUUCAGGGCCAUCGCCUGCGCCGCCCUCAGCGCCGGCGGUCGGUGGUGCAGGGGCAGCCUUGGGCCGCGACGCCGCAGCACCGGGCCUAUUUGCCCCUGCGGCCCCUUCUCCCACGCCCUCCGGCCCGCCAGCGCCCCUUGUGGCGCUGGCGCCAGGGGCGGCGCCCGUCCUCGCCGAGGGCGGGGCCAAGGGCCAGUGGUGCAACGGGGUUUUCGUGCCUGAGGUCACUGGGAACUGGGAGGACGUGUGUGACUUUGAUUUCGACGGAGAGGACGACGAUCCUGGCGCUGGCCAGAACGAGGGCGCCUUCGCCGCGCCGCUCGUCCCGCACCUGCCGCCCUUGCUGCCUGCGGAGCGGGUGCAGCCUGCGGCGGGGCCGGCGCAGGGGCCGCGGGGGCCCUCGGGUGGCGGCGGCGCGUGCUUUGACUGGCGCAAGAUGCCAUCAAGCGGCGGCGCCAGAGCCGCACCUGCCGCGCCCGGUGGUGGCUGA